CAUCAGUUCCGAGGUAGUGCAGCUAUGCGAUCUCAUGCGUUCGAGAACUAACCUAACCUAGGUUCGACAAGCUCACCCGAGAGCUCUCCCUCUCUUUUUAUCUCACUCUCGUAUCUCUGUCACUCUAACGCUGCGUUCAUGCGCAUCAUGCGUGGAAACGGAAUGCACCCAUAAACUGUAGAUAACGCGCGCAUAUGCGUGAAACGGAACGCGGCUUAAAAUGCGUAUGCGUGCGAUGCGUAUGUUUCCAUGGAAACAUCAUAACCUGACUAAUUACACGAGUGUGACAGUGGAAAAUCUGUUAUUUAAAAUAGAUAAAAAGUGACAAAAUAGAGAAAAAAAAUUAAACAAUGCGAUCUUGUUAUUUAUGUGGAAGAAAGGCUACAUGGCUAAAGGCUGGAAAUAUCUCUUUACAUAAGUAAAUAUAUUGUAAAAAAAUAAGCUGAAAUUCCCGAAUAAGCAACAUCUACGUCAAAAAUGGAUCAUAGCUUGCAGUUUGCAAGAAACAGAUGACGUUUCCAAUUUAUAUAUUUGCUCUAUUCAUUUCAAAUUGCCUCAGAAUUUCAUUGUACAAGCAAAAUGUAGAUUACCUCCUGGAGCUGUACCCAAUGAAGAUAUUAAUAAUAUUAUUAUAACUAGUCCAACAAAAAGAGAUGUACAAAAUGAUGCAGCAACUGAAAUACCACAUAUAUCAUUAAUAGAAAACUCAAUCAAUAGAAAUAUCUCUGAAUCAUUUAAAAUAAAAAUUAUAUCUGUUGCAUCUGAAGCAAUAGAUUUUGACGUAAUGAAUUCUAUAGUAAAGGAUUCCGAAGUAAUUAAUUCUGAAGUAAUAAAUUCUGGAGUAAUGGAUUCUGUAAUAAUGGAUUCUAAAGUAAUGGCCUUUGAAGUAAUAGAUUCUGAAGUAAAAGAUUCCAAAGUAAUGGGUUUUGGAGCAAUAGAUUCUGGAAUAAUGAAUUCUGAAGUAAUGGCCUUUGAAGUAAUAGAUUCUGUAGUAAAGGAUUCUGAAGUCAUAGAUUCUGGAGUAAUGGACUCUGCAAUAAUGGAUUCUGAAGUAGUCGACUCUAAAGUAAUAGAUUCUGAAAUAUUGGAUAAUGCAGUGCAGCCAAUAUUGGCAGCUUCUACUUCUCAUUUAUAUUCCGGAGAAAACGUUUCAACUCCUCCAAAAAAACGCUUGUUUGCAGAACCACGUUACAUUUCAGAAAUUACUAUCGCUGAUAUGAGUCCACCAAAAAGAGCAAAACGAGUUAUUAAUUUUAUAAAAAGGGUAGAUGACAAGAAAAGGAAAAAAAUAAAAUCUUUACAAGACCGCAAUAGAAAACUGCAAAAACGAAUAGCUACAUUGCAAGAAUUAGUUUCACAUUUAAAAAAAUCAAGACUCUGAAGAUGCUGGAGACAAUUUAAUGGUACAUUAAGGAAUUAUAUUGUUCGAUAAUAUACUUAUAUUUAUAUUUUUAUAUUUACAAUAUAAAAUACAAUAUAUGAAAUACAA